AUGUGGGAUUCAUAUAAACUUUAUCUUGAAGAACAACAAAAACUGAGGACGAAACGAGCUAAGAAGCCGACAGAUGACGAAGCAAAUAGUGGUUCUUGUAAGUGUUUUAUUCAUACAAGUCGAACGUCCUUGAUCUGAUUUCAGUGACACCUAGUCCUCUUCCUCCACAACAGCAGGAGCCAGAACCUUCCCAUGGAUCGCCAAGUUCUGCAAACGCCCAAAAAGCUAAUGUAGCACGUACUUAUCAAAAUCAACCUGUGGAAAAGAAGAGACUUACCACUGCCGACCUGCCUUUUUCUUUCUCAUCUCUCCUCGAGGUUUGUCAAGGGGUAGAUCAAGACAUGAACGAUGAAGAUAUUGAUGUUUUGUUGGUGGAAAAUCAAGGAGUGGAGGCGGUAUUCGAAAUCCCGGACUUAGGGGACUUUACCCAAUGGCCCGAGAAGAAGGUACGUUCGUUUUUAGAUAAUCAUCUUGUUAUUACUUCAGCCGGAGACAAACGAGCCCUUUUCCAAUCGUCGUGAGGUUGCAUUCUUCCAUACGACGUACCCGGAAAGCCAAGAGGAUCCGUAUUCGAUUGUUUUUGGACCCAAUCCAUCAGAGGAGGCCUCCGAGUUUGUAGUAGAUGAGAGCCAUCCGAGGUGUCUGUUGAAUAAGAUGAUCAAACCGGUUGGCAUCACUCAUCUGCGUCGAAUGCGAAUGGAAGAAGCGGCGCGUCGUAAAGCACGUCCAAUUGCAUUUCCCCGUUAA